GUAUAUGCUGUUAGCCGAAUGUUCGUCUCUCCGAAAAGUAAACUGGCACCCUCAAAAAUGGAAAAUGAAUUAUUCAAAGAGGACUUAAUUUAAGAAAUCGACAAUUAAUUAUGGCGAGAGUUCUGACGCCUGUUGAUCAGACGGUGCUGUCGAAUAAAAUACGGAAUUUCAAUCAGCAUUUGGGAGAAUUUGCUAAGUACCGCAGCAAGUUGAUCGAAGACUCCGACGACAGCGGGGCUUCUGGUUCAGAGGAUGAAAAAGACACUUCGAAGACAAAUGCGAGCAGUAGUGCUAAAGGCUCGUCUGUUAAGAGUGUGAACGCAGUAGCUAGGAAGGGAGAGCAUGUUAUCCCUGGAACUAUUCUGGGCCACGUAAAAGGCUUGUCUCGGGCGCAAAUUGCUAAGUAUGAAUUUGAGAAGGAGCAAAGAGAAGUGGAAGAGUUCAGCUCCGCCUUUGCCCAGAAGGCUGUCCAGAAACUCAGACUGGACACCGCCCUUGGGCGCGGUGGAGGCCACAAACUGAAUGACGACUCGGGGCCCAAACUAGCCGAGUUGUAUCGCUACGAGGGCUUCCUGGAUCACUGCACCAAUGCCCUGCCAGGAGACACCAACAUGCGACUCAUACUCCAGACUGCACUCUCUGCCCAGCCACAGCUGGCAUUUAAGAAGACAUACGAAUCAGAGGCGCAGCACUUCCUGCUAUGCGACUUGUCUGUGGACAUAGCGCGGGAUCUGUUCUGGUGGUUUUUCUCUGAUAAGUAUGCACACAAUGAGUCAACCCUGGACAAGCUUCUUAGAAGAGUGUCGGAUAAUUAUGUGAAGUUUCUGUGGCAGCCUGCAAGCAGCGAAAGAACAGUCAGAUAUCGAAAUGCAUUUUUCAAGAACUAUCCAGACAUUUUGAGCCAGGCUCUGUAUUGUGCAUUCUGUCAUACGUUCCCCGCAUCGUGGAGACAAUUCAACGACAAAUUCAUUAACAACAUCACCUCCAAAGUCUUCCUGUGGCUCACAGGAUGCAAAGCGGAAUAUAAUCACCAUAAGAAGUGGAGCAUCGCAGACUUGGAGCCUCUAGAUCUGAAGGCGGAUUUUGAGUCAGAUUCAGCAAGAAAGUCUAAAAGCGCUACUUCGAAUGUUGUCACAUUCUCUGAAGAUCUGGAGAGUAUUGAUGACGCCAGAUCAAGCAGCUCUAGAAGUCGCACGAGACGUCAUAAUGCAGUAUUCGCAACUGUUGGAACCGAACAUGAGUCGCAUUCUCGUAAAGAUUCGAAGCACAGGACUAUUAUGUCUCCGCUGCAAAUCAAGCGAUUUGCCAUGCACACUACAAGCGGGGAUGAAACUGAGCCUUUCCACUCAAGAAAAGUUCAAUUUAAUCUUUCAAAGAAAGAAAGGCCGUAUGCAUAUAAACCCUCGCGUGCACAAAAACGAGAUCUGACCAAGAGCACACCCAUGCAUCUUAAAGACGACUGUGAUCACCACGCGUUCAACGUGCAAGGCAUAAGUCCACUAAUGGCCAACUAUCUCAGCAGAAACGUCACAAAGUCAACCAUGUCUUCAAACCAAGUUCUGAUUGGUCGAACUGAAUUGAAGCCGCAAACAGCUCGACCAAUCAGAAAAGAGAAAGAACCAAUUGAUUUAGACGAUGAAAAUGUGACGUAUGCGCAGUUUGUAUCACAGAAGUUCAAAGAUAAUCGGAAAGUGUUGAAAGAUCUUUCGGAGAAGGAGACGAAGUUUAACAAAGAAAUUGCAGACAUGUGGAAGUGUACGAAUGGGGAGCUGCGUGAGUCGGAGGAGAAAGUGCAGCUGCUGGUGACACAUGACGACCAGGUGAAGAAGCUGAGCAAUCUGUUGAUGUUGGAGAUCAUGACGGAACCGUCACAACGCACCACUCUCGCCUCAAAGGCCAUAAAAGAAGCCCUGGAUAAAAUUGACCUGCAGAAACAUGCGGUUUCAACGACGACCCUAGAAAGCCAGACCGCUUCGACCAACAGUUUAGUGUUGAACAAGUCUCUAGACACUGUCGCACAAAGAAAUAGUCCCAAGCAAGCAAAACUGCCUCAUAUUGCCCAUCGAUAACUGGACAUUUAGAUGAAAAAUUUCAUGUUUUUCUUGUAAAUAAAUUGUAAAUUUGUAUCUAUCCAAAUUGUGAAUUGCAUUGCAGAUAGUGUUCAAGGUUAAAAGUUUUAUAGGUGUAGUUUAAA